UUUUCACUGUAUUUAAAAACUUAAGCUUUGCAGCUGGUUACCCUUUGAAACAGGCCAUUUUAAUACUGCUGUCCCUUUAAGAGCAGGGGGCGUGUGACCCAUACAAGUAGAAUACAAAAACACGAGCUGGUAGAAUGGCUUGAAACGAUGAGUUCCGAAGUGGGUGGGGCUUCGUGACGCGUAUGUUUUCAGAUUUGAUGGAUUUAAGUAAUACUUCUCCGAAUCACAAUCAAUAAUUUUGGCAGUUUCUCCUUACCGUUUUCGGGUGUAAAAUAAUCCCGUGAAUAUUUGCUGAAGCGAAAUGUAAGCGUAAUUGUCACGUGAUACCUGUUACUUUGCUCAGCGUUGAUCGGAUUCGCCUUAACGCGAUAACUUGUGAUAACUUCAUUUUGGAUUUUUUAAAUAUAAAUAUUUUACACAGGAGUUUUUUAUUUAUUUACAUAUUUACACAUCUUAAAUAAGAAAUGAAUAUACUAAUUCAAAUCAGAUUUUACGCCCCUGGAGGAAGACAACUGAAUGUCCCAUUGUAAACAUCAUUUUUAGAUCCACUUUCCAAUUAGUUUUCGAAUCGAGUUACAUCGAAUGAGUCUCUUGAACCAGUCAGCAACAGCGUGCCCGUCCCGAUGCUCGAAGAUGCAGCGUUUUGGUAACAGAUCGCAUAGGCUGAACUCACAUUGCGUUAUUUAACGCGUCCACCUGCACUGCAUAGAAAAAAAAUUUUCUGGAGGACUAGCGAACGAUGGACCUGCACAUCUUGGACCAUAGAUUAAGGGUCACAUCCAUCAGUAAAUCGGGACUUGAACAGUACACACACCCCCUAAUCAAACUGAUAUUUCUCAGAAACCGGACGAGAUGCAAAUUUUUCAGUCUCACAGAGACUCCGGAAAAUUACACCGUUGUCCUCGAUGAGGAAGGAUUUAAAGAGCUCCAGCCGUCUGAGCACUUACAGGUGGAGGGCUCCACUUGGCUCCCGCUCAAUGUCGUCUCCAAUGGCAACGCCUCCAGCAGCUCACAGGCCGUGGGCGUCACCAAAAUCGCCAAAUCUGUGAUCGCUCCAUUGGCCGAGCAGCAUGUGUCCGUCUUCAUGCUCUCCACCUAUCAGACCGACUUUAUUCUGGUGCGAGAGAAAGACCUGGCGGUGGUGGUGGAGACUCUAGCGGAGGAGUUUAAUGUUUUCUGAGGUACAGAAAGAACUUCAUCGUGAUGCAGAUUAUCCGUGUGAAGUCGUUGGAAGUUGGAACACCUGGUACGGUGAACAGGAUCAGGCAGUGCAUCUCUGGAGGUAUUCUGGUGGAUAUCCUGCUCUUACAGAGUGUUUGCGUAAACUCAACAGCAAUGUGGCGUAUCUUGCAUUUCGAAAAGAGAGGAGUAAAAUGUUGAUCUCCCGACACAACCAGCUUCUUCUGGAGUUUAGUUUCUGGAACGAGCCUCUGCCCAGAAGCGGCCCCAACAUUUAUGAACUGAGAACAUAUCAGCUACUAGGCUCGAGCAAUCAAAUAUAGACAGGAAAACAAUGAAGCAGUGGGUGGCUUCUUCACACAGAUCGGUGAAUUGUAUGUUGUUCAUCAUUUAUGGGCCUAUAAAGACCUGCAGUCCAGACAAGACACCAGAAAUGCUGCUUGGUUGAAAGAGGGCUGGGAUGUCAAUGUGCACUAUACAAUGCCUCUUAUCCGAAAGAUGGAAUCAAGAAUUAUGAUCCCCAUGGAACAUUCACCUCUGCAGUAAAAUCAAAACUGUUUCACCUCUGAUGAUCCCAAAUACACAAUCCACCAGGAGAUAUGUACUGUUUAGUUGUGACUUUACUCAAACUCGCCUGAAGUCUUCAGGUCCUUCUAGAAGUAGACAGACAGUUGUGUUAGAGUAGAGCAGGACCUAAACUCUGAAAGAUGUUGUGCAAAAGUGUGCCAGUGUUAAAGCCAAUCUGAGAAUUACAUUGACAGACCCCAGUGCCUUUGCGUGAAGUAUAUAUAUCAUUAAAAAAUUACAGUCUUGUUUUUAGUCAUCAUUCUCCUUUUCUAAUGCCUCAUUUGGCCCGUUGGAGUGCAUGAGGAAACUGCCUGUCAACAUAACUUUUCAUUUACAAUAAUAAUAAUAAUAAUAAUAAUAAUAAUAAUAAUAAUAAUAAUAAAAAGUGUUAAAUUUA